CAUUAAGACAUUUGUGGCUUGUGUGUAAUUGUGUUUGUGGUUGAGGAUAUCAAAAAUAUGACGGUGAGAUGUCACAGCCGGACAGGACACUGACCCGAAUCGUUAUUUGAUCAAACAUUAGAACGCGUGUGAGUGUCAGGUGGCGAUGACGCGGGGGGAGGGUGUACCCCCGCGCUUAUCAGGAGAUAAGCCGGCGGUUGAUAACGGCGGACUCGCAAACGUAGGCGAGGCUUCACCGUGACCAGGCCGCUUGGAACCCAGCGGCCGCCGCCCGCCAUGCUGCACUCGUUGAACGCACUCGCCGGCAAGAUAUCGCCGGGCGGCGGCCUCGACUCGAACGCGAAUAGACACUCGCAUCCGAACAGGAACCACAAGACUACGUCGCCAUCGUCGCCGUACUCUAAGACAAAUGGGAUGAAUAUGAACAUAAACAACAACAACAGCACGAGCAUCAACAAUAAUAACAAUGACGAAAAGCCAAGUGAAAUGCCGGACCCUGAUUACAUAAAGAUGUUCGUUGGUCAAGUGCCUAGAAGUAUGGACGAGAAUGAUCUCCGACUUAUGUUCGAGGAGUUCGGGAGGGUGCAUCAGAUUAAUGUGUUGAGGGACAAGAUAACUGGAGCGAGUAAAGGGUGCUGUUUUGUGACGUUUUUCACGCGGAAAGCGGCGUUGAAAGCCCAGGACGCUUUGCACAAUAUCAAAACGUUAAGCGGGAUGCAUCAUCCGAUCCAGAUGAAACCGGCUGAUAGCGAGAACAGAAACGAACGCAAGCUGUUUGUUGGCAUGCUGAACAAGAAGCUGUCUGAAAACGAUGUUCGCGCCUUAUUCUCGAGUCACGGAGCUAUAGAAGAAUGUACGGUGCUGAGGGACGCGCAGGGCCAAAGCAAAGGUUGCGCGUUCGUUACCUUCGUAUCGAAACAGGCGGCUAUUGCUGCUAUCAAGUCACUGCAUCACAGUCAAACGAUGGAGGGAUGUUCGGCGCCAUUAGUGGUAAAAUUCGCGGAUACACAGAAGGAGAAGGAACAAAAGAAGUUACAAGCGAUGCAAGCUAGUUUAUGGGGCUUGACGACACCGGUAGCAUCAACUGCGUACUUGGCGUCCGAGGCAGCAUUGUCACCCGCAACACAGUUGCAAUUAUUACAACAACUUCAAGCAGUUGGUCUUCAACAGCAACUUCUACAAGGUCAAGGUUCAACGUUGUUACAAGGUGUUAACUAUCAAGAUAUCGGUUUCAAUGGUGCAGGGCUGAGCGGGAACGCCGUGAGUGGUGUGGCUGGAGUGGGAGGGGUUGGAAGUAUAGGAGGGGGUGCUGCGGAACAACUAGGGGGUUUACUGGCUCCUGUUAGCGUGCAGAACUUAGCUGCACUGGCGGCCAUGACACAGCCUGUAGUGACGCAGGCAGCACCGAUGGCACCUGCUGCUGCACCACAACCAACUGCACCACAGUUGUGUCUUCUCGGGAAGACUAACAUCACAGGGUCGACAGCGGAGCCACUAGGGUCAGCGUACGCGGCACAGUUCGGCACAGCGUACGCCGCGGCACCGCUCGGAUCCGUACUAGGCUCCGCGGCCGCAGCUGCUGCAGGCAAGCAAGUCGAGGGACCGGAAGGUGGUAACCUAUUUAUAUACCACCUGCCGCAGGAGUUCACCGACACCGACCUCGCGUCUACCUUCCUACCGUUCGGUCACGUGAUAUCGGCCAAAGUGUUCAUAGACAAACAGACGAAUCUGUCAAAGUGCUUCGGUUUCGUCUCCUACGACAAUGCAGCCUCCGCACAGGCUGCCAUACAAGCGAUGAACGGCUUUCAAAUAGGUACAAAGAGACUUAAAGUUCAACUGAAACGUUCGAAAGAACUAUCGAGACCGUACUAGAAUAUUCCAGAACUCGUUCCUAGUGAAUUUACAAAGAAAAUAAAGAAAAAAAUAUGGAGAGGUUGUAAGUUUUUGGACGUUUGUUGUGAUGUAUCCGGUGCACUUGAACUGAUGAUAGUCGUAAGGUUCGUUCGGAAUCGCGAGUCCACGUGCACAGUUGUUAACUAAUAAGUAUAAGGUUAAGGUUUGUGUCAAAGGAUUUAUCGUUUCCAAAGUAUUCCCCAAAUUUGUUUAUUAAUAUAAUUAUAAUUUUUUAAAUGAUAAGUUUUAGUCACUUUAAGCAUAAGUUGAAUGCGUUCAUGAACCGUUGCGAUUUUUACGCGCCAAAGAGCUGUCAAUAGUUGUACGCUUUUUACUAACGUCAGUGUCAUAUUGUAAUUAAAAAAAUAUAUUUUGUCAUCCAAUGUUUACACAAUACAAUGUGAGUAUUGAUGAUAUUUAUUUACUGAUAUGUUCUCUGUGAACUUUUCUGUUUGUGUUGCCACUAAUAAAAAGUGGUCAUAUUCAUUUAGUCUAUAUUUCUUCUUAUUUAAAAUUAUAAGGUGUUAGAUUAAUAUAUGAUCUCAAAACGAUCAGUGUAUUUAUUAACAACAUAUUUUCAAUAGAGUACUUACUUAAAAUACCCGAGGCUUUGAAGGAAAGAACAAAUCCUAACUCCAAAUUAACGAAUCGAUCAAAUCAAUGUAGAUUUUCUAUAAUUAUUAUUUUAUUAUAUUUCAUCUUUAAAAAAUAAUCCAUCGACACUUAUCAAGAAUCAAUCAAACAAUUGCUUUACAAUUGCAAAUGACGUCAAAUUGAGAAGAACAAAUACAUUUUUAUAUACUAUUCGAUUUCUACACUAAAACAGCAUAUGGAAGUUUAAUUUAAAACCAAAUUGUCUAUCGCAAAUGUAUAUAUUGUUAAGACGUAUAAUUGAAAAAUGUUAUCUAAUAAGUACCGUCUUAAUAAAAUAUAUCUGAAAUCAUAAAUAUUUAUAAAAUAGACCAUUUCCCGAUCUCUGGUCUAAACAACAAAGUAUAAAACUAUUUUCAAAAUUAAAGACGUCAAUUUUGAAAAUAGUUUUCGUAAUUUGAAAAUAGAUGGAUUACCGGUGGAUUAAUGGCUCGUAUUUUUUUAUCGUUCAAUAAUUUAUUUCUAUGUAUAUGUAUAUUUAAUUAACUAUUAUGUAAUACAUAAUCAUCGAUUGUUGAAUGAUCAGGGAUUUCUUCGAUAACCUUUGUCUGAUUCGGCAAUUGCAUCUUAUUAAACCCACACGAAUUAGUCAUGAUUUAUUUCACGAUUAAUGGCUAUUACACUUAAAAUAUUUACUCCAAUGGGUAUAUUAUGAUAUGUUUUACAAGAGAAACACAAAUUUGAAUAAUACAUUAUCCUACUUACGUAUAUAAACUAACAUCGAACUUUGACCGUUUAGUCAGAAAUUUUUUGUUAGAAUUAAGUAUUUAAACAUAGACUAAGUUUUUGUGUAAGUUCGACAUUAAUUAUUUAUAGUUCAUUUGAAUAGUAUUUGUAUAUAAUAUUAACAAAGAUAUUUCAAAUAUAUAAAUAGUACUUGUACCAUACCUAAAUCAGUCACUAUUUUAUUUUAACUGAAAUAAAGUCAUCGUAAAUAAAAUUAUAAGGAACGUUUUUUUUUAUAAAUACUAUUGAUGUGGACUAUACUUAUUUAUUGUUUUUUUUUCUUACUAUUUAAGUAUGAUUAGCUCUUAAAAUAUUUCUUAUUAUUCUUGGCUUACAGUUCAUCACUUUUCAAGUAAAAUAUUGUUAAAUUAAAUUUCUUUUUUCAAUCACUUCUAGAUUUUGAUGCUGAUAAGCUGUCACUGUUAACGUUAAUAUUCUAAUUUUAUAAAUUAAGUAUUACUUAAUAUAUUUUAUUCAUUUUUACAUACACUAUAAAUAUUGUAAUGUGAUUAUCAAAUCGCUCAAUGGGGAUAUAUUUAAGUAAUUUACUUAAUUUAAAUGUUUCUUAAAAAAAUAAGGUUACCCAAGUAUUUUGUUAUUGUGCCAAUGCAUUGAAAAGAAUGACUAAAUAAUUUACGAUGUUUGUUUAUCUGAAGAACUGAUACCGUUGCGAUAAGAUACGCAUAUAUCGUACGAAUUGAAUUUAAUUGUGAUUUAUUAAAAAAAAUAUUACGACGUUUGGCUUAACAAAUACCUUAUAAUUUAAAUUUAGGAAAAGUUUUUGAUGUCUGAUGAAAGACAAUAUUUAGACUGAAUAAGUUCCCUUCUCUAGAUAUAGAACGACUAUGUCAUCAUUCAGUAUGAUUAUUGUCUUAUUGUGAGUUAUAUGUAAAGAAAGUCUUAAAGGAAUUUUUCUUAUUUUUAUUGUAAGUAAAUAAAUUAUUAGAAAUGGGGAUGAAUUGUUGAAAUUUCAAACGAGAAUCUAAAUGGAACAAUCACUGACUAAUGAAACGAUUUGGUUUUUUUAUCGAUUUAUAAAAAUGUAAAAAUUGGAAAUUGUGACCUUGAUAAAAAAUUGUAUUGCGGAAAUAGUAUUGUAAUUAUAUCAUAUUUAAAAUGUGGUUGUUCUAUUUUAGAAUUGCCUACUAAUACAAUCCUAGACACGACCACUCCGAAUAGUCUGUUCGUAGGUGUGAUC